UGUGCGUGUGUGUCACUGCAUGAGCAGCGCACAUCCAGAUGCAGCGUUGAUGCUCUGCUGUGUUGGUGUUGUUUUGUAGCGCUUGAGCAGUAAGGCAUGUUAGGUCAACGCUUCCUCGGUGCAGGCUGUGUGUAUUCGCUCAUUGACGUUUGUACGGAAUUUUCAACCGAUUAAGCUUUGGAUGUUGUUGCUUAUAGCCUACUUAUUUGCUGAAUAAACGUAUCUGUCUAAUAAACGGUAUUUUGGGAAAACAUGGUUUUAAACUGGUGUCAGGUAUCUAGAGCGUAAACUGCUCAUGGAAAUAAAACGGUACCAACGCUACUUGUAAAAAAUAUCCUUCCGUGACAGGACCGCGAACGUGAAGAUGGCGACCGGAGCGGGGUGGCAGCAACCGUACAGCUCUGCUCCGGGCAACUCUGCUCCUGCUCCUGGACCAGGCAUCAGUCCGUCAACAUCUACCAGUCUAUUUUAUGAAUCAGGGCUCACAAUGGACUACACUCAAGAUCUGCACCUGAAGAUGAGUAAGAAAAUAGCACAACUAACGAAGGUCAUUUAUGCACUCAACACCAAGAACGAUGAGCACGAGGACGCGAUCCAGUCUCUGAAGGAGGCGCACGACGACGAGAUCCAGCACAUCCUGAACGAGACGCGGGAGAAGAUCCUGCAGUACAAGGGUAAGACGGGCGAGGAAGUGGAGCUGAAGCGGCGGCUGCAAUCGCUGGAGGACUCGCUGGAGCUGCAGGAACACGUGAAGCGUCAGGCGCUGGCCGAGUUCGAGAUGUACCGGCGUCGGGUGGAGGACACGCAGCUGUGCGCUGAGGCGCAGCACACGCAGCGUGUGGUCUCCAUGUCGCGCGAGGUGGAGGAGAUGCGGCGCGACUUCGAGGAGAAGCUACGCACCUUCACCCAGACACAGGCCCAGUUCGAGCAGGACAAGCAGCGAGCGCUGGAUGAGCUCCGCUCCGCCCACCGGCAGGAGCUGCAGGAGCUGCUGGAGGGCCGGCAGCCUGGCCAGGGUGCCACCUGCUGGCCGGACCAGGAGAAGCUGGCAGAGCUGCAGCGCGGUGAGCUGGAGGCACUGAUGGAGCGGGUUGAGGAGCUGACGCAGGGCAAGGUGCAGCUGGUGGAGGACUACGAGGCCAAGCUCUGCAAGGCUCAGGCCUUUUAUGAGCGAGAGCUGGAGGCCAUGCGCCGUGCCCAGCAACUCACCACCGAGAACCUGCUGGCCUGGAAGAGGACGGAGGUGGAGCUGAGGAAGGAGUUCCAGGUGCAGGAGAUGGCGCUGCAGAGGAACCUUUGCAAGCUUCGCGCUGAGCUACAGAGGGGCCAGGAGGAGGCACGAGAGAGCCGGGACAAGACCAACAGGCUCCAAGCGUCUCUCAACAACGCUGACGUCACAAUCCAGGAGUUACACAAACAGCUGGAGGAGGCUGUACAGGAUGGAGAAAUUUGGGUGAUGCAGCUGAAAGAUACUGAGUAUGAGUUGGAGAGCAGCCGGGAUCGAGUGCAACAGCAGGCCACUGAGAUCCUUCACAAAGCCAGUCAGAUCGGCUCUCUGCAGGCCACACAGAUGGGCUGUGAAGCCACAAUCCGAGACCUGCACCUGGAGCAGAGUCACUUGAAGGAGAAGAUCGUCCAGCUGGAGGAGGAGAAAGGGAGGCUCCAGAGCCAGAGUCACACUCUGGAGGAGCAGCAACGCCAGCACAUCCUCAGCCUGGAGAAAUCCCUACGUGAGGAGAAGCGCUCCUGUGAGCUGGAGCUAGCCCAAGCCCAAGCCAAGUAUGAGGAGGAAGCGGCACACAUGAAGGAGGACCAGGCCAAGGCUUUGGAAGAGCUCAAUGAGAAGCACCGGGUCCAGCUUGAGAGUGCCUGCAGCGCAGCUGAGAGAGAGAAGAACCAGCUAUUAAAUGAGAUGAGGCAGCAGUAUGAGAUUCGGCGUCUCUCACUGGAAGAGCAGAGGAACCACCUGCAGCAGCAGCUGGACACCCUGCGGGAGGAACUCACUGCCAAGCUCAACAUAGCCAACCAAGAGGUGUCUCAUCUGAAGGAGCUUUUCAAGGAAAGUGAAGACAACCUGAAUUCUGCAGAGAAUCACAUCUCUCGCCUGAAAGAGAACCAGGAGAACCUGCUAAUUGAGUUGGAUGCAACCAGGGCCCGAGUGAGGGAGACCAGCACGGUUCUCACAGACUUACAGGAAGAGAUUGAGAGCCAGAAACAACGACAUGAGGCCCAGAUCAUCAACAUUAAAGCCGAAGAGAAACAGAAAAUGGACAAAAUCACUGAAGAGUUGGAUCAAAAGUGGACUGAUGCGCUGAGGGCAGAGCUGAAGGGGCUGCGAGAAGAACUGAACAACGAGCAUGAGGCCGACAGACAGGCGGCUCUGGGCGAGCUGUCCCAGCAGCGGGACCUGGAGAUGAUGUCGGCCAGGGAGAACUGGCACAGGAAAGUGGAGGACCUCCUGCAACAGAUCUCCAUGCUGAAACAGAGUCUACAGCUACAGCUGUCCCAGUCCAAGAGCGCCCUGCAGCAGCUGCAGACCCAGUUCAGUCAGGAGCGUGAGCACUUGGCCCAGGAGCUGCAUGAGAUGGCACUGGAGCACCAGCACCACGAGCACCGUCUGCAGAAGGCUCACUGCUGUGCCAUGCAGGAACUGGAGGAGGCGUGCCAGCUCGAGCUCAGGGAGCUGGAGGAUCGUCUAAAGCAGGAACAGAGAGAAGAACUUCAGGUUUUGAGAGAGGCCCACAGACAGACCCUGGAGAUUCUGCGUCAGCAGGCUGACCAGGAGCUCCAGACGCUGCGUUUUGAGCUAGAAGAUGAGGGCAAAGCCAUGUUGGCCUCUCUGCGUUCUGAGCUGAAUCAUCUGCAUGCUACCGCUAUAGAGCACCUAAGACAGGUACACCUGCAGGAGAACACAGCCGCCAAACGAGAGCUGGACAACACUUUAGAGCACUGCAAACAGCAUGAGCAGGAUCUGAUGAGUCACAUCUCAGACCUUCAGCAGGAGGUGAACUGCCGAAGGAACCGCAUCGCUGACCUGGACCAUGAGAUCCACUCACUGAAUGAGACUGUCCACACACUGACCAAAGAGUUGGAACUGAAGGGCAAAGAGGUGCUGCGCGUGCGCAGUGAGGCCAACCUGCAGAUCAGGGCCCAUGAACAGGAUCUGUCUAAGAGGCUUGAGAGAGAGAUAGGAGAGUUGAACGCUACCCAUAACAGAGAAACACAGAUCAUGCUUUCAGAUUUCAACAAAGCCCAGGAGCUCCUAAAAGACAAGAUCUCUGCUCUCCAAAUUCUGUUGGAAGGAACAGAGGAGAAGUUCAGGAAUAGGGAGAGCCGAUCAGAAGAUCUGCAGACCAUCGCUGAGCUCCGAGAAAUGGUGGUGGAGAGAGAGACUCUAGUUAAGAAGCUGGUGGAUGAUAAGAAGUUCUACCAGCUGGAGCUAGUGAACCGAGAGACGAGCUUCAGCAAAGUGUUCAACACUAAUCCCAACGUGGGGGUUAUUAAUCCCCUUGUAAAGCAUAAGGGUAAAAAAGCAGCACACAGAUUCAUCAGCUCUCCAAACCUAAGUGUUGUGGAAACAGAAGGGAGGGGGGCAGGGCCCAUGCAGCCUACCUGCCUAGAGUCUGUCCCCAGCUCCCCCAGUCAGCAUGCUGAGCACAAAGCUCAACCCCCUCCAAGUGCUCCGUCCCAGGCCCAGCCCACCGAGAGGUGAGCCCCACCUCGUCAUCCAGCGUCUGUCCUCUCACGCACCCACAGCAAACAAGAGACGUGCUUAGCCCACUGAUCCGUCCGCCAUUGAUCACGCUGUGUCUCAAUCCCUCAGUAACUGUGGAAGAAAUGUCACUUGGUUUCUUUUCAUUCCUCUGUUUGGUUUGGGGUUUUUGGUAGGAAAAAAAAAAACGAAAACAGAGCGUGCAAAGUGAUGUGUCGGUGUGCUUACCUCACUCUCCGAUGCAUCUUGGCCAUAAACUGUGCACGGAGAAUGUUCGUGUCCUGUACUGACUUUAAUAAGCAUGGCAGUUCCUGCACAUAAGUCCUAUUUCUGUGUCCUUGUCUAUGUAUGGGCAGCGAUUGGAGUGAAUUUACAGGCUACACAAAUAAGCCAUGUCUUUCCAGAAAGGGGGUGACUGGCAUCACUGUAAACAGUGCGUGAUCUUGAAAUGCCAUUGGAAUGUGGAAACAAGCAUGCAGUGGCCUGGCGUCCAGUGUCCAUUGUUUUCAGGGAUUUGCAUGUUCGACUAGGUGGAUGUGCCGGACAGCAGCACCGCUGUGCACGUGAGAGGAGCUCUCAUCUUCUCAUCCGUCUUCCUAUCAUAUCAUUCCGGCUUUGGUGUUUUAUGUUGAAGGCAGUUGUGCGGCUUACGUAGAGUGCAACACUUACACUACUGGGCUCUGUAUACAUAUCUCUAAACUUUACAAUUAAGCAGUUUUGGCAGAAAAAUCAGAAACUUUGAAUCAAAUAAUGCUAUUAGGCAGGUUAUUUUAUUUGUAUUUUAUUGUGUUGCUUACUAUGACACAGAGUAUGAGAUGUUUAUGUUUGUAAAGAGACUUGAUGAAGAGCACAGCUGGCUUGCAUUUCUUUCUUCCUCUUUCAUUUUGUGCAUGGCCCACUUUUAGUGGAGAUGACGAGGGAUCAGACGAGGAUAGAGUGAAUCUUUUCUGGUGCCUUUUCUUGUGGGACACGGAGUGCUGUGUGCUGGUGCCCCGUGUGUGGAGUAAUUGUUGCUGGUUGAAUUCUGUGCAGCCCUCGUGAGAUGGAGGAUUCGACAGUAGCGCCAGAGGAGCCGCAGCAGGACCUGGCGUCUCAGUACUUCUCCUUCUAAUUCUUCUCAAGACGCUCCACAGAACAGCAUGUGAAACAUAACACUCUUCAACACUCCAUUAGUGUGUUAAAUACUUCACUGUGAAUUUCGCUUCCUGGGUUCUUUUUUUAAUAGUGUACCUUUGACUCGGGCAUUUAUGCAAUACAAGAGGAAAUGCAGGAGAUCUGAUUUAGUUACACAAACAUCUCUUUUCCUGAUGGACCGAAACUGUUGGAAUACCCGUUUUAAAAAUAAAUUGCACAGUGUUUAUAUUUAUAUUAUAUUGUCUUGUUACAAACAAUAAACCAUCAAUUGUAAAGCAAUGUUUGUAUCUUACCCCUCAAAACCCAAACCAAAUAUUGUUUAAAAAGUGCAUGUCUUUGGCUUUGUUAAAUUGAAUUACAUAGUUAAAAUGAACAGGUAUAGUAACAGAAUAUACUUGGCUGCAAAUUCAGAUACAGCAAUCAAAUCUUGUCAAACCUCCAUUUAACAAUAUUAGGUGAAACUAAAUGUUUUUGUAAAAAAAACAAAAAAAAAACAGGCAAGUCUCAGUAACAGAUACAAA